CGACAAGAAUGAUUGCAGCACUAAAACGCAUUGGAGAUGAAGGCUGGCAGCAAUGGUCGGUUAGAAACUGGAAGUUUAUCACAUUCACUGUACUUGCUACUGGUGUUGCUUCUGCUGCAGUUUAUUCUUUAGCUUGUUCUGGUAGAAACAAUGCCAAUUCGGAUAAUGGCUCGUCAGCAAGAUCAUCUUCGACAUCUGCUAAAAAAAAGAAGAUGGGCAAGACAAAAAAGUCCAAAACGGCAUCAUCGACAGUAACUGCUGCUUCUGCUCUUGAAGAGGAAGCGCUUGCUGCCAAUGCUGGUCCCAUUUCAGCUCCUGGUCUUAAUGCAUCCAUGGCAUCAUUGGAUAGCAUUGCUUCUAUCGAGACCACUGACAAGAUCACUUCAGAAACCAACUCAAAAUCCGACGAGUCAAAGACAGCUUCAGCUGAUGCGUCAAAUGACGUUGAAUCGCACGAUCAUUUAUACCCUGAAGAUAUUGAGUCACUUACUUCCGAGGAUCGCUCUAAACUUGCACAGGAUGCUAAGGCUUUGGGCAACAAGCAGUACAAUAAAAAGAAGUUUGAAGAAGCAAUUGAGCUAUAUACUCAAGCAAUUCUUCUGGCACCUAAUGCUAUUUUCUACUGCAACCGUGCUGCUGCUUAUUCUCAUAUUGAAAAUUUUGCUAAAGUUGUUGAAGACUGUACCAAAGCUUUGGAACUCGACAAAAAAUACAUCAAGGCGCUCAACCGUCGUGCUGCUGCCUACGAAUCGCUUGGCCAUCUGACCGAUGCAUUGAAUGACUAUACUGUUGUUUGUGUUCUCCAAGGAUUUAAAGUGAAUUCUUCCAUGAGUGCUCCCGAUCGUCUACUAAAAACAAUCAGCUCAAACAUCACCCAGGAAUAUGCCAAAUCUAGACGACCAAAAAUGCCAUCUGGCGCGUUUGUUCGAGCAUACAUGGACUCUUUCCGUGCUACUCCAUCUCAUGCAACUCUCGUCGACAACUGCCAGGAUACUUCCGAAUCUAUACAGGCUUUGAAGCUUGUGUUUUCAGCAAUCAAGGAGCAUCGCUGGACUGAGGCAUAUGAGCAUGCUGUAAAGGCAAUUGUUUUGAACGAUUUCAACAAUACCAAAAUGGAGGCCAUUGCCCAUAAUAUUCGCGGCACAUUCUUUUUUUUGAUAGGACAUAUCGAUUUAUCUAUUGCUGACCUGGACAAAGCUCUUGAGCUUGAUCCAGUGGAUGUCAACUCAAUUAUCAAGCGUGGAACUCUCUUUAUGGAGCGAAGUGAGGUUGAAAAGACUGUAGAGAUGUUUGAACGUGCUGAAAAGCUUGAACCCACCAACGUUGAUUUGUUUUAUCAUCGUGGCCAAGUUCGUUUUCUAACUGCAGACUAUCAGGGUGCUGUUGACGAUUAUUCUGCAAGCAUUAAAAACGAGUCUCCUGAGGAAUCGUCUGUCUAUGUACACAUUCAGAUGGCGGUUGCCAAAUAUAAGCUGGGAAAUUACGCUGAAUCUGAAAAGAAAUUCAAGGAGUGCAAGCGUCUUUUUCCCAACAGCGCAGAAGUAUUCAACUACUACGGAGAGAUUCACAUGGACAGACAGGCACACACUGAAGCUUUAAAGGCCUUCAACAAAUCAAUUGAAAUGGAUCCCACUUCUCCUUUGCCAUACAUCAACAAAGCUAUUCUUUAUUUAAACUGGAAACAAGAUUUGGCUACUGCAGAGGCUGAAUGUCGCAAAGCCCUCGAAGUUGAUCCUCUCUGUGACAUUGCCUACUCACAGCUUGCUCAGCUGUUAUGUCAUCAGCAUAAGUUGGAUGAAGCCAUCCAAGUGUAUGAUAAAGCCAUUACUGUCACACGUACCGACAUUGAGGUGCUGAAUGUGGUGACUUAUCGUGAAGCAGCCAGAGCCCAGAAAUAUGCAUCCAUGACCUAUCCUGAAGCAGUCUCCAACAUAAGCCAAGCUUAAGAAAUAAAUUCAAGCAGAAUUCAUGUUUUUAUGAUAC